CAACACCGACGGGUGGCUGGAGAGGGAUAUCAGUGGGACAGGACAUACCACACCAUGGCUACGGAGCACCGACUCAACGGGGAAGAAAUCCUUCUAAACAAGCUCUGCGAUGUCGAGAAAGAAGGGUUUUGACCUGACAUGCUGUGUCUGGCUGGGUGUCAAACAAGAGGAGUCAUCUCCUGCGUCAGUGCCGCUCCCUGUGGCCCAACAUUCAGCUCUGAAGAGGCAGGCACCAGUGGUCCCCAAAAGCGCUUCCGUCCCAUCAACAUCAACCACUACGCCACUAAAAAGAGCGCCGCCCAGAGCAUGCUGGAUGUGGCCCUGCUGAUGGCCAACUCCUCUCAGCUGAAGACCGUUCUGUACGUGGGGCCGCAGUACCGCUUCUACAUCCCCCUCAUCGUCCUGCUGUCGUUGUCCAUCACGCUGCAGGUCAUUGUGGGCCUGCUGCUCGUCUUUAUAGUCAAGUACGACCUGAACGACGUGAGGAAACACGCCAAGUUGAACAGGAUGAACAAUGCAGCGACACUCUUCGUCUUCUUCACUGUCCUCAUCAACAUCUUCAUCACAGCGAUGGGCUUCGAGGGCCACGCAGUGGGGUCGCCAUCUGCGAUCGUCCAAACACCACAACUUCAAAUCUCCAGUGACACUUUUGACCACAACAUGACUGGGAGCAACUGAUGUUACGUUCUCAAAUGUUACUUUUACUAUUUUCAUGACUCAUUGCAGAGUUUGCACAUGUUAAUAAACACUUUUUUUAUUACAUCUGUGUGUAAUGCUGACC